UGCUCAAUAAGUUCCCUAUAAAGCAUCAGUCUAUCCUGGAACACAGGAGAAGCAGGAUGCGAGUUCUUUUCUUUCUUCUCGCCGUAUCUACGGUCAAAGCUAUUUCCUUCUUUGAACUUGUAGUAGAGGAAUGGGAAACAUGGAAGCUAACUCACGAGAAAUCUUAUGAAUCUCCGACGGAGGAGAAGUUUAGGAUGAAGAUCUACAUGGAGAACAAAGCCAAGGUGGAGAAGCAUAACCGGAGAGCAACCAGAGGUCAUCACUCCUACCAUCUCAAGAUGAACGAGUACGGAGAUAUGCUCCAUCACGAGUUUGUCUCCAAGAUGAACGGGUUCAACAAGAGACUGACAAGAACAAACAGUUCCAGACCACUCGGAGCAACCUUCCUAGCUCCAGCUCAUAUGACCGCUGUACCAAAAAAUGUAGAUUGGAGAACCCAUGGAGCUGUUACUCCAGUAAAGAACCAAGGUCAGUGUGGAUCCUGUUGGUCCUUCUCUACUACUGGAGCUCUCGAGGCAAUGAAUUUCCGUAAGACUGGAAAGCUUGUAAGCCUGAGCGAGCAGAACCUUAUUGAUUGCAGCACUUCCUACGGUAACCAGGGUUGUAAUGGAGGACUCAUGGACAAUGCGUUCCAGUACAUCAAGGAUAACGGAGGUAUUGAUACAGAGGAAUCCUAUCCUUAUGAAGGAGAGGAUGACAAGUGCAGAUACAGCGCCAAGAACAAAGGAGCAACAGAUAUUGGUUUCGUUGACGUUACUCCCGGAGAUGAAAACGCUCUGAAAACUGCUCUUGCCACCCAGGGACCCUGCAGUGUUGCCAUCGAUGCCAGCCACGAGUCCUUCCAGUUCUACAGUCACGGAGUUUAUAGAGAAGAAGAAUGCAGCCCGGAGAAUCUGGAUCACGGAGUUCUAGCAAUUGGAUACGGAGUUGAUGCCAAGAGCGGAGAGUCCUACUGGUUGGUUAAGAACAGCUGGGGAGAGACCUGGGGAGAUCAGGGAUAUGUUAAGAUUGCCAGAAACGAGAAUAACAUGUGCGGAGUUGCCAGCUCUGCUUCCUAUCCACUGGUCUAAAAUACAUAUACUUACACAAUUAUUUAA